UUUGACACUUCAACUUGCUGUGGCUCUCUACGGUAGUUGAAUCAGUCAAUCACGCGCCGACGCUAAGGUGAUCGGUUUUUCUUGUAUUUGUUAAGUGAAAAGGGACGCAGUGUUGACCUACAGGCAAUUCGGGAAAACAAAGCGGAUUUCUUCUCCUAGCCGAGCUAAAAAUCCAGUCAGGUCCAGUGAAGACCAGUGAGGACCGCUCCUGAAGGAUAUACAUGGGAUGGGUGGGGGUGAGGGGGGCUUGUGACAUCACGCCCAGCCCAGGUCAGAGUUCACACAGGCAUGCUCUAUGAUUGAUGAGGAAGUAGCAAAGGCUUUGGUUAAUAGGAAACACAAGAACCUCCCUCUCCGCUGAGUGUUGAUGGCGUCACAUUAGGCUAGAGGACAGGAAGCAGUCAUCAAGAUGAACGCGUUGCCGUCAAUGGAUCGGCAUAUCCAGCAGACCAACGACAGGCUGCUGUGUAUCAAACAGCACUUACAGAACCCGGCCAACUUCCACACGGCAGCGACAGAGCUGCUGGACUGGUGCGGAGACCCCCGAGCCUUCCAGAGACCCUUCGAACAAAGCCUCAUGGGAUGCCUAACGGUGGUGAGUCGUGUGGCAGCCCAACAAGGCUUUGACUUGGACCUAGGCUACAGGCUGCUGGCUGUGUGUGCUGCUAACAGAGACAAAUUUACACCCAAGUCUGCAGAAACCAACACCUGCAGGAGAUGUCAGAGUGACUCAGCCUUGCUGUCAUCGUGGUGCGAGGAGCUGGGUCGCCUCCUGCUGUUGCGUCACCAGAAGAGCAGACAGAACGAGCCCCCGCAGAGCAAAGUCCCCAUGCAGCCCAGCAUAAACACUAUGAAACCCCCCGGAGGACUCUCACACGGUGAUGGGUCAUUUACCUACGACUCGGUUCCAUGGCAACAGAACAACAACCAGCCCCCAGGGUCAUUGUCUGUGGUUACCACAGUGUGGGGUGUGACCAACACGUCACAGAGUCAGGUAUUGGCCAACAGCUCCAGCCAUGUGAACCCAGGAGGUAACCCCAUGGGCCAGGGUAUGUCUGGAGGUCCGGCAGGCCUCAACUCCCCCCAGUUCCCCGGCCAGCAGCAGCAGCAGUUCCCGGCCAAGGGAGGUCAGGGCUACAUGCAGCAGGGGAUGUAUGGCAGGCAGGGAUACCCCGGUGGAGCGGUCUACAGCGGGAGUUACCCAGGUGGUCCUAACACUCCCCAAGGGGGGAUGGGCAUGCCCCAACAUUCCCGCCAGCCUGGUGACUUCACCCAACCAGCAGCUGCUGCUGCUGCUGCUGCUGUCGCUGCCGCCGCUGCUACGGCAACCGCCACGGCAACCGCUACCGUGGCAGCCAUGCAGCAGGAGACCCAGAACAAAGAGAUGAACCAGUAUGGACAGAUGUGUUCCUCCUUCCAGAUGGGCCCAACUCAGGCCUACAACAACCAGUUCAUGAACCAGCCUGGCCCCAGAGGGUCCCCUGGAGGCAUGAACCCAGGCAGCAUGGGCCAGGCCAUGAACAACCCCAGCAUGGGUGGGCCUCCCAUGGGCAUGAACCAAACUCGAGCCCCAGGCAUGGGGCCUUUUGGGGCUCAUGGCCAGAGGAUGUCCCAGCAGGGCUACGGAGGAUCUGGAGGCCCCAGGCAGGCAAUGCCUAUGCAGGGAAUGAAGAGGCCCUAUCCUGGAGAGCCAAACUACGGGGGUCAGCAGUACGGUCCUAAUGGUCAGUUCCCUCACCAGCAGAGUCAGUACCCCUCCUCUAACCCCUCCAGGCCGAUGCCCUCCCCCAACUACCCCGGCCAGAGGAUGCCUGGGGGUCAGGGGCCAGGCCAGUACCACCCGCAAGGCAUGCCCAUGGGACAGUAUUAUAAGCAAGAGCCAUUCAAUGGUCAGAACAGCAACUUCUCUGGAGGUGUAUACUCAUAUAGUCAAGGCAACGGGGCCCUCAGGCCAGGUAACUACCCCCACUCCCCGGUGCCUGGUAAUCCCACACCUCCCAUGACCCCCGGAAGCAGUAUGCCUCCGUACCUCUCGCCCAACCAGGAUGUCAAGCCGCCGUUCCCGCCAGACAUGAAACCAAAUAUAACUGCGCUUCCACCUCCCAAUACCACAGAUACAGUUAAACGGAAAGCUGACGUCCUAUCUUCCUGUCCUGUCUCUCCGCUCCAAUCAGCCAAUCCCAACGAGGAGCUGCGGUUGACCUUCCCGGUCCGGGACGGCGUGGUGUUGGAACCUUUCCGGUUGGAGCACAACCUCGCCGUCAGUAAUCACGUCUAUCACCUGCGACCGUCGGUACACCAGACCCUCAUGUGGAGGUCAGACCUGGAGCUGCAGUUCAAAUGUUACCACCACGAGGACCGACAGAUGAACACCAACUGGCCCGCCUCCGUCCAGGUCAGUGUUAACGCCACGCCCCUGACCAUCGAGCGGGGCGACAACAAGACGUCCCAUAAACCCUUGCACCUGAAGCAAGUGUGUCAGCCCGGCAGAAACACCAUCCAGAUCACCGUCACCGCGUGCUGCUGUUCGCACCUGUUUGUGCUGCAGCUGGUCCACAGGCCUUCAGUCCGCUCCGUCCUGCAAGGGCUCCUGAAGAAGAGACUCUUGCCUGCAGAACACUGCAUCACCAAGAUUAAGAGGAACUUCAGCAGCGUAGUGGCCUCGUCGGGUAACACCAGUCUAAACGGGGAGGACGGCAUUGAGCAGACCGCCAUCAAAGUCUCCCUCAAAUGUCCAAUCACCUUCAGGCGUAUCCAGCUGCCCGCCAGGGGGCAUGACUGCAAACACGUACAGUGUUUUGAUCUGGAGUGGUAUCUGCAGCUGAACUGUGAGAGGGGGACGUGGAGGUGUCCGGUGUGCAAUAAAACUGCAUUGUUAGAGGGUCUAGAGGUGGACCAGUACAUGUGGGGAAUCCUCAACGCCAUCCAGAAUUCGGAGUUUGAGGAGGUGACCAUUGAUCCAUCGUGUAGCUGGCGGCCGGUGCCCAUCAAAUCUGACCUCCAUAUUAAAGAAGACCCUGAUGGACCGCUGGCCAAACGCUUCAAGACCAUGAGCCCCUCCCAGAUGACCAUGAGCCCCUCCCAGAUGACCAUGCCCAACGUCAUGGAGAUGAUCGCCCAGCUGGGCCCUGGCCCCGCCCAUUACCCAUCAGGCCCUGCUCAGCACGGGGGAGGCGGCGCCGGGGGCAACCCAGGGGAGUACGGUGGCCCCAGAGGCCCAGGCAACAGUUACCACGGCCACGGGAACUUUGACUUCCCCCAUGGUAACUCCUCGGGCGGGGGAGGAGGAGGUGGUGGAGGUGGACCGAGAGGAGGAGGAGGAUCCCCCAUGAGUGACUUUAUCCACCCCCCUCAGCUGUCCCACCCCCCAGACGUCCCCGGGGGUCUCCAAUCCCAGGACAAGCCCCUCAGCCACGGCAUCAACGACCCCAUGUCUCAUCCUUCCACCACUGAUCAGCACCAUAAUUCCAUGCAACAGCAGAGCUUGCACGUGCCUCCUCACCCCAACAGCCAGUCGUUACAUCACGGCAGCCAAUCGUUGCAGCCCCCUCGCCAGCAGGCCCCGACUCCCCAGCAGCAGCAAGGCCAGAACAGCCACCCGCACGGCGAUCUGAACUUUAACCCCUCUUCCUCGGGCAUCGAAGGUCAAAUUAGUGGUGACAUGCCUGAGCCCUCCCUAGAUCUGCUUCCAGAGCUGGCCAACCCAGAUGAGCUCCUGUCCUAUCUGGACCCUCCGGACCUCCCCUCCAACAGCAAUGAUGACCUCCUCUCCCUCUUCGAGAACAAUUAACCUUUCGCCUUCCUCACCCUUCGAGCCGAACCCAAACCUCCUCCACAGACACACACACACACACCACAGGGUGUGUCCAACCAGCUGGACUCUCCAUAGAGUCCAUAGUCGUCCUCAUAUGGACUGGUAGUGGAGACAUCGUCAGGUCACACACACACACAAACACAAACACACACACGUACUGUUUUGUGAAAGGUGUCAUAGACGUGUAGGUGGCAUAGGAGCAACGCUGAGGUCAUCUGUCAGAACAUAAGUUGAUGAUGAAGAUGACAGUCUAGAUGUCAUGGAGUGGACACUGUGACAGAGACAGAAUGCACUCAUGACCUCACUUCCUCUUCCUCACACACACUCUUCCUCGUGUAAAGACUCUUCACACUCCUCCGCUGCGGAGCUCCUCCAGCCGACAACAUCGACGGUCAUGUCGGCUGUCUAGCCCUUAAGUGAUAUUAUAUCUCUUGACUUUUCGAACUUAAACUGUGCAGCUAAUAAUCAUGUUCUAUGUGUAUGACCUCACACAGGGAAAAGUGUUGUAGCAGUUUUUUAUCGUCCUUAUUUCGCCCUUAUACAAAAAAAAAUAAAAAAAUACAUGAAUAGGAAAGAAAAGUCAUCUUCUUGUCCUAGCCAGUGUUUAUAUCUAUCCUCUUUUGAUGUGUGUUCUUCCAAGCCCUGACCCCCUGACCACAACCUUUAACCCCUGACCUUUGACCUACAGUGUGUUCUUAUAACCUCUGACCUUUAGCUCAUAGUGUGUAUUUCCAACGGGACGUCAGUCAGUCAGCACUGGGUCCGUUCCAUCCAGACUAACUGAAGCACAACCGACAGAGGGCCACACCACACCACAUGGCAGGCAGAGUACUGAGAGGAGAGGCCAAGGCCUGUGGAUGAGGAUCCUAACCUGGCUAGCUAGCCCAGUCUACAGAAGAAUCAGCACUGUUAACUAUAUUCUGUCUGUCUAUCGCCCCCCUCCAAUGUUGUUCAAGUUUCUCUUCCCUGAUGUUACAGUACAAUGCCAUGUCAGACAGUGGGCUAUACAAAAAUCAGUUUUACAAAUACAUUUGAUUUGGGUUAGAAUGAUGGAGAAUUGUGUGUGUGUGUGUGUGCGUGUGCGUGUGUGUGUAAGAGAAAGAGUGAGGAUGAGAGUGAUAGAAAAAGAGAAAAGAGAAGUAAAGAGUCCGUCCAUAUUUAGUCUAUCAUAGCAAGACACAGCUAGUGUUGCAGAAGAUAGUCGGCCAUUGUAAUAGAGCCAGAUCCCUCUUUACCGUGAGUCUUCCUCUGUUCUACAGUUCUGCAAUUGCUCCUGUAACCAUACUGUGUGGUGUUAAGAAGUGCAUGUGUGCCAAUGGUCUCUGUUCUAGAUUAGCCGGAAACAUUCUUGUCAUUUAGAUUUUAUAGCCAUUGCAUUUUUUUAUCAUUAUUUUAUUUAACAUUUUCUUGCAAAGGAAUGAUUUAGGUUAAUGGUAAUGUAUUGGCCAGCUUUUUUAUUUUUCAUGUUUGUUUCACUUUGACUGUUCAUUGGAAAAUGGCAUGCGUGAUGCAUCACCAAAGUUAUUCCACAGUUUGUAUAAGGAGUUGGCUUGGACAUCUACUAUAAUGUAAGAAUAAUACCCAUGAAUGCUGUAACCAUACUCCUAGGGAACCAAUCGAAAAGUAUUCUGAACAGAUGUGUGGUUGCACUGCAUUUCCUGUGUCUUGUUACUGUUCAACUGUAUUUUGUAUACUUUUGUUCAAUGAACAGUCAAAGUGAAACAAACAUGAAAAAUUAAAAAACCCACAAUGGUUUAUAAAGACAAUUUAAAAUGGUUGUCAUCCUGACAAUGUAUGCUUUAUAAAUGUUUGCUAAUGUAUUGGGGAAAAGUGGAGGAAAGUGACUUUACCCUCUAUCAUUUUUGAUUAAGUCAAGUCUAAAUUGUAAUACCUUCUGGAAUUGAAUGCAAGUAAUUUUUUAUUUUUGUGAACCCUCUUUUGUACAACACAAGAUCAUCAUGUGUAUUAUUCUAUCCUCAUAGCAUUUUUGAUAUUGUUCUCCUAUUUUAAGUUAUUAUUUUCUGUAUCUAUUCAGUGACUGUGAGAAUAAUCAUAAUUUGGUUUACUUCAGAUCAUGUAGGCUACUAAAUGAAAUUGAAGAUUUCUCAAUCGGUGGAUAUUUUUAGGAUUUAGGAAUGAUCCCAAACGCUGGUUGAAUCACCUGAACACAACUGACCCUAUGAUAUUUUAGUCUGUCUGUCUGUCUGUGUCUAUGUCUAUUUGUUGAAGAUAAUGCACUGCCACAGUGAGGUAUUUUGACUCCCCUGCCCUGUUUAUCUGUAGAUCUGUGUAGACAUAAUGCUGAAGUCUGGUCUAUCAACAUUACUCUCUAUACUCCACAUAGAGGUUUGAGCCUUGUCUGAGGUUCAGGCUCCACACCAAA